GAAUUGGGGAGUGGGGAGUCUGGUGGGCUGUUUUUUUGUUAUUGGUAAGGAAUAGCAAACGAGGAGAAAUUUUUGAGCGUUGCUGCCGCGGGUUGCGUGAUGGUUAGAUCAGUCAGUUAUACAAUAGCAGUCUAGAUAGGUAGCAAGCUUGAAGGUGGACGAUUGAUAUGAAUCAUGGAUGACGCAGAAGAGGAUUAUAUGUCUGAUACCUUUAUUAAUACUAACCAGGACAUCAGGCCAGGAAUGCCGAUGUUGAGACGUGUAAAGGAAACUUUUAAAAAAGAGGAAAAAGGAAAAGAGGCUAACCAGAAAAGUAGGCAAAAAAGCAUCAAAGAACAAGAAAAAGAGCAACGUGAAAUGGUUCUAAAUGUUGCUUUGGGGAAUGAAAAUAAAGGCUUUGCUAUGCUUCAGAAGAUGGGGUACAGAAGUGGCCAACCUCUUGGCAAAAGUGGAAAGGGGAUAGUUGAGCCCAUUCCUCUGAAUAUUACUACAGGAAGAAGUGGGCUUGGCCAUGAAGAAUUAAAAAAACGAAAAGCUGAAGAAAUGCUGGAAAACUACAGAAAAAAAAUGAAUAUGAAAAAACAAGUAGAAAAGCAGACAACUGACCUCUUCAAAAUGAGAUUGAAGACUAAGCAGGAGCAACUGCAAGUACAACGGGACCUUGAAAAAAGUCAGAAAGCCUGCCAACAAUUGGAUACACAGAAAGGCCUUGAAGUCCCCAAAGAGAUUUGGUACUGGUUAAGCCCGAAGACCGAAGAAGACCAAGAGGAAGAAGAGGAGAAGGAAGAUGAACUCAAUGAAUCAGAAAAGUUGAUCAGUUUAACAACUUAUUUAAGAGAAGAGUAUCUCUAUUGCAUCUGGUGCGGAACAAGCUACCAAGAUGAAGAAGAUCUAUCUUCAAAUUGCCCUGGGAGCACAUAUACAGAUCAUGAAUAACUCUGUAAAAAUUCAAAACAGUAGCAAAAUUUUUAAUUUCAAUGAUGAGCAUAGCUAUGAACUAUGUUGUUCUAUAUUUUUCACUGAGCAAAUUGGUCGUUUCUCAUUGCUCUGUGUUUGGGUAUAAAAUGGCUUUUAUACUCUAUUUAAAUAAUUAUUUGGAAUAGGAACUAAUCUGUUAUUUUUCCAAGUUAUUUAUUAUUAUUAUUUUAAAUCCUGCUAUGUUUACUUCUGAAAAAUAAAAUUAAAAUCUAUUGUGAUUGACUAGAUGCUGCAGAUUGGAUAAAUGCAUGUUUUAUUUCAGCAAAGUAACAUUUCAAGAAACCCUAAAUAAUGAAUUUAGCUGUUCAGAGAUAAUUCUGUUUAGGCUCACAAUAAAACUGAACAUAGGAUUUCAUGAGGAGCUCAUGGAAAAUAAUCCAUGCUUCAACACAUACAAAAUCUCCUUGUGCUUUUCUUCCCCUCUUUAUUAAGUUUCUUAGUUUUUUUAACCAAAGUUAUUAGGCAACAUUGUGUUAAUGCAUAGAAAUUCAGCUGUGAUUUAUUUGGUUUAUGCACCACCAGUGGUUAAUCAUUGAUUUGGGUUUAUUUUAAGCUUCAGGCAAUUUGUGUGAAUAACUUUUCUACAAACUGUUCCUUAGAGUUAAGCUAAAGUGAAUAACCUGGCUGGCAGCAUGAUGCUGUCUUCAGACUUAGCCCUAGGGGUUACUACAUGUUGUAGUUUUGCCACUUAUCUUAUUUUUUCAAUGGUCUUUUCCAGAGAUUCUUCAAGAUCUUAUCCCAAAUUAUCUAGAACAAAAUGAUUGUUAGCAGCCAGAGAAACAAGUACUCAAGCUUUAACUAGUUCCUAUAGUUUAAUAUGGCUAAAAAUUCAUAUUGGAAUUCUUCCAAGUUGCUAGCUUCCCAACCAAUAGAUUUUUGUAAAAAGAGAUGGAAAUCUGAGAUUCAGGAGAUUACCAGAAAUAAUUGUUCAAUCUCAUCUGUUAAAUAUUUAUUGUAGUCUAGCUCAGCCUUUCUCAAACUUCUUACUUGGGAGAACCGUUGAAAUAAUUUCCAGAUCUUAGGAAACCCCUGCAUACAAAUUUCCAUGGUUCAGCAAAACCAUGCCUUUAUUAUAUCUGCAGCUGACAGUUAAUUGGCAUGAUCAUAAAAUAUACAUAUAAUAAUCCACUAAUAAUUGUCACUAAUAAUAGUUUUUGAGCCGAGAAUAAUUUUCUGUGGAUCUACUUAUUUUGACCAAUAUAUUAGCCUUUCCUUUUGGUUUGAGUCCCCCUCCAUCUUAAAGGUUAUCAUCUUUAAUGUAAAUCAAUAGAAGAAUCUUCAAAUUUUCUUUUAAAAAAAUUCUGCUUGAUUUCUUGAUUACCUUAUCCAAGUACAGGCCUAAAAGUCUUUUACUUUAUAAGAUGUUAAUGAGGAAUGAUUACAGUAUAUGACAGAGUAUGUUUUUACUGUUUAAAACUGUUUUAACAUACUUCCACCCAGUUCUUUAAAAAAUAAAACAGAUAGCUUAUCUUUCUUGAAAUUAAUAUUUCAUUUGCUUUCAUAAAUUUUAAAAACACACGGCAAACAUAAUGUAUAAAAAACAAGCUUGAAACAAAAUGUUCAAAAAACAUUUUUUUUUUACAGCCACAAUUUGUCAUAAAUCCUCUAACAACCUCUUUUAUGUAUUCAGGAGGUUGAGUCUUAGCUUUUGGAGGGUUGAGUUCAGAAAGAUUGGUCUAGCUUUUUCUUUUUCCAAAAAUUUGUACAUGCUGGAUAAAUUACACAAUUUAUACUGGACAGAAAGCAACACUGAAGAAGCAAAUUCAGGAAAUACAUUGUUCAUUUUUAACGUUUCUUUAUAUUGUAGUAAUGAGAAGCAAAAGCAAUAUAUGCUCUAGAUGACAAAUUAAAGAACUGAAAUAGUUGUA